CUUGUCAGUGUUGAGGCAGAAACAAAAAAGUCAGGAGAGGAGUUGAGAUCAGACACAAAGAGAGCAACGUCCAGAUCUUCACCCGCAAAACUUUUUCUCUUCACAAAGUUACUCUCGCUGAGCAUCUCCUCGCACAGCCGAUGCUACACACCUUUACAGAAAUCAGGAUAAAGUCUUAAACUUGACAGGAUGACUUUUUGCUGGUGUGUCGCGAUCCUGCUGCCUCUGCUGAUAUCGGCGCAGUAUCACGAUGACAACCCGAGGCAUGGACCCUGUGAGCCGAUCACAAUUCCCAUGUGCACGGACAUAGCCUACAACCAUACCAUCAUGCCCAACUUACUGGGCCACUACAACCAGGAGGACGCAGGACUGGAGGUGCGCCAGUUUUACCCUCUUUUAAAGAAAAAGUGCUCGCCGGAGUUGAAGUUCUUCCUGUGCUCCAUGUACGCGCCCGUGUGCACCGUUCUGGAGAAAGCCAUCCCUCCCUGCAGGUCCAUCUGCGAGAGAGCCAAGCUGCGCUGCGAGAAGCGCAUGAAAAGACUGGGCUUCCAGUGGCCGGACCGGCUGCGCUGCGAGAACUUCCCUGUGCUGGGAGACGGACAGAUCUGUGUGGGCCAAAACGACUCCCCUGCCACCGACUCCCCUGCCACCACCGUCCCACCUGUCGUGGACGUGCCGGGGACCCAGGACUAACGGAAACAUCACGAGCUCAGAUGUUCUCUGGAGUUAUCCCCUUCCUCAUACGUCACCCGCGACCUGAGAGCUAAGCGCAUAGCAACUUGAUAGUAACCACCUAGAUAAUGCUUCUCGCCUUAAGGCAAGCCGUUUGACCAUGUAUUCCAUAUCCUUGAUAUCACAUGUCAGUCCCCUCCACUAGUUCGGUCUUUGUCAGCACUAGUUGGACAUUUGGUCGCACUAUUUGGGAAUUAUAUCGUACUACUUGAACCAAAACUCUAACUAGUCACUAUUUUUCUGGAACUAGUGGCACUUUUGUUCAACUAGUUACAACAGAAACUUUACUAGUAACACUGUGCGCCACAAUAGUAGCACCAAAGUCCCUACUAGUUGGCUUUUUGCCGCACUAGUGGCCCUCUGGACCUAACUAGUAAUGCUGAGAGUUUUACUAGUAAACUACUCAGCUGCAAAAGCUCUGACAUGUUAGCUAGUCAAACAUGGAAACUAGUGGCCUACAAUUUUCUGCACUAGUUGAACUAGUGGGAGCAAAAUGCACACUAGUUGAACUAGUGGGAGCAAAAUACCCACUAGUUAACUAGUUAAACCCUAUUUUGGCAUUACUAGUUAACUAGUGAGGCUCACCGUGUUUACUAGUUAACUAGUGAGGUCCAAAUAUCCACUAGUUGAACUAGUGAAGUCAGAAUGUGCACUAGCUUACUAGUUGAAGUGUCUUUUGACUUUACUAGUUGAACUAGUAAAAUCCAAAAUGUGCACUAGUUGCACUAGUUGCACUAUAUGCUAAUGAGGAGUACAGGAAAGGGGCAUACGUUGAACUAUUGGCUCUCCAGCAAGAACUCCACCCAGCGAAAAUGUAUCCCUAUAAAGCCUGAUGAGCUUUCACUCGUGUACACCGCCAGCUCCUUGCUUACUAUCCAUACUGAAUAAAGCAUGCAAAUGUG